AUGAACGCCGCCUCCCCAUUACCAUGGGGUCACAACACAUUUCCAUACGACGAAUUGAAGCAUUUAGAUUCAUUUCGACUAUUGAAGCUGCUCCCCGGAGAAGGCUCGGAGCCGAUUGGUUGCACCCUUGUUCACGCAAGACUAUCUGAAGUACCUGAAUACGAAGCCAUCUCGUAUGCCUGGGGAAAUGUUGUAUCCGAGCAUCCCGUGUUCCUUGGAAAACAUGAGAUCCAAGUACAACAGAGCGCAUACCUCGCGCUCCACGAGUUCCGAUUCCUAGAUAAGCCCAGGUUGAUAUGGAUGGAUGCUUUGUGUAUCGAUCAAUCCAACGUCGCCGAACGAAAUCAGCAGGUUAAUAUGAUGCGAAAUAUCUUUGGCAAAGCUAAGCAGACCUUGAUCUGGUUAGGUGCAUCCGAUUCAAGUGAUGAGGAGGCUGUGCAACUACUAAGAGAUAUCGACCGUGAAAUUGGCAUAAAAAUAUUCGGCUCCCAGCGCCAUAGGACGAGCGAAGCAAGACAACUACAGUGCAAUAUUAGAGCCACUCACCUUGCUGAAGAUAGCAGAAUAUCACUGCGCGCGCUCCUCGGAAGGGAUUGGUUCCGUCGCGUCUGGGUGCUCCAAGAAUUUGCCGUUUCAAGCAACGUAAAAUUCUAUUGUGGCAGCACGGACUUCAGCCUUGAUGCUUAUAAAAUUACAAUAGCAUCGCUGGACAGAACUCCUGAGCUUGGAACCGUGUAUCCGGCACUGAUCAACUCACUCCGCAUCUGUAGCUUCGGGCUUCGACUUCGGCAUUUGUUUCGCAAGGGCCGACCCAGACGUCUAGGGUGGAUUGUGAAGCACACAGCUGGAAGGUUCAAAGCUACGGACCCCCGUGAUAAAAUAUUUGCCCUAUAUGGCCUUAUAGACAAUUGCGGCACGGCGAAGCUUGAAGCUGAUUAUACGAUGACCACCACACAAGUCUUCCGAAACGCAGUCCAGCAUAUUCUAGAAGAGGACAAGAGCACCGAUUUUUUCAAAAUUAUUUCUCGCGUAGCUGCCAUGCCACUUGGAGAUUUGCAGUCCAGCUUGCCUUCUUGGGUGCCGGACCUAUCUCACAUCGGAGAAAGCUAUCGCUCCCAGUUAAAGCCCAUACAUAAUGCAAGCAACGGGGCAAAGAAAAGAACACGCUUUUCCGGCACAGAGAAGGAAAUCCUGCAUGUACAUGGGAUCAUUUUGAGCACUGUCACAACUGUCCUUGUCUUCCACAAGAACGGGCGGGAUCAUCGGCGCUCUGAGUGUGAUUUCUUGCUCGAAUGCAAGACAUCUUUGACAGAGAAGGGCGAAUAUCCGACUGGCGAGAGCACGGAUCACGUGUGGUGGCGCUUGCUGAUCUGUGAUAGAUAUGUCGACGGGCAACGCCGAUGGGCGAAGGCCAGCGAAGGUUACCCCCAGGGAAGCUACUUGGAUCCCGACGUCUCUUUACCGAGCUGGUCGGAACAUGCGAGCUUCUCUGAGGACAAGGAGCUGGAGAAGCUUCAGAUGCAGUAUUUCAGCACCAAAAAGCGGACGUCCAGCAACCAGAACUUCUGCAUCACCAGCGACGGAUACGUUGGCUGGGCGCCUUUGUCGACGCAAGUCGGCGACUGCGUUUGCAUAUUCGCUGGCGCCUACGCUCCGUUCAUACUACGACCUAAAGAUGGGCGAUACUACCAACUUGUAGGAAAUGCCUACGUACACGGUAUCAUGUAUGGAGAAGCUGUUUCCGAAGAUACCUCGAAGUGGGAGGAGAUCGAGCUCCGGUGACGACUGCUAAGUCCUUCUUGUUUCU